AAGGGACCCGGAUGCCGGGACCAUGGAGUUCCCCUUCGAUGUGGAUGUGCUAUUUGGAGAGCGGAUCACGACGGUCGACCAGCACUUGCAGUCGUCGGGCCGCAAAGGAGCCGGCUUCGCCACGACCCACAGGGUAGAUCUUCAGCAGCAGCUCAUGACGAUCAUAGAUGAGAUGGGCAAGGCCUCUGCCAAGGCCCAGAAUCUGCCAACUCCAAUCACCAGCGCCUCACGGAUGCAAACCAACCGCCAUGUUCUCUACAUCCUGAAGGACAGCGAAGCAAAGAUGGCUGGGAAGGGGGCUGUGAUUGGCUUCCUCAAGGUUGGAUACAAGAAACUCUUUGUACUGGACCGCCACGGAGCUCACAACGAAGUGGAACCCCUGUGUGUCCUGGACUUCUACAUUCACGAGUCUCUCCAGAGGCACGGCUAUGGCAAGGAGCUCUUUCACUACAUGUUGCAGCGCGAGCGAGUACAGCCCCACCAGCUGGCAGUGGAUCGCCCUUCUGAGAAACUCCUGUGCUUUCUACGGAAACACUAUAACCUCAUUGACACUAUCCCCCAGGUGAACAACUUUGUGAUUUUUCAGGGCUUUUUCAGCCACCCGCAUGCUCCAGUGAGAAAGCUACCUCCAAAACGUCAUGAAGAGGAGAUAAAACCCUAUUCCUCAUCAGAUCGAGAGUUCCUGAAGGAAGAGGUUGAACCGCCAUGGCCCUUCAACCAGUCUCGCUCACUGACUCGCUCUAGCAGCCUCGGGAACUCCCCAGUGCGAGGCUGCCUCAAGCCUUUCCUCACUGAGCAGGAGCUACUGAAGAACUUGCGCCUCUGUCCCCCUCAUUCAACUGCUCAGCACCUGAUGAAUGGUGAGCCUGGAGACCCAGCUUUACAGAGGCGAAGAACCAGCUCCCUGAAUCGCUCUGAAAACAGCCAUUGAUCGUCUCUGCUGUGUCUCCCAGCUGUUGGGCCUCCACUCGUGUCUUGAGUUCUUUCUAGCAAUGAGAUUUGGUUUUACAUCCAACUUCCUCAGCCCUCCCCUUUUUAUAUAUGCUUUAUGGGUAGAACCUGUAAGGAUGUCGGCUUAUUUAUAUAGUGUGGGGUGGGUUUUUUGCCUUUAUUUCACUUUUUUAUGCCAUGAUUCCCAAAAGCCUUUAAGAAAAGGAUACCUAGUUGCAUUUUAGAAAACCAGAUCAUGCUGCUUGUGGGUUCUUGCUUUUGUUUUUUAGUUUUAAAUUAUUAUAUUGUCGGUUCCAAAGUGGUCAGUGGUUUACAGAACAGAAAUUACUGGUGUUCGACAAACACACACCCAAUAUGAUCCACUACUUGUUGCCAUAUAGGACUCGCCUUGUGCUCCCCAGUGGAUGAUUCGCUGCUAUUGCCAAUCACAAAUCCACAAAGACAAUAUAAGUGUUUCCCAGUGAGCCUAGUUUUAGAUUAACAUUUAGAGUUAGAACAUUUCCCUUUUAAAAAACCAAAUAGCCUACAUUGAUUGAGAAGAGUUGUCAGGAACUAGUAUCUAAAUUAAGAUCUUUCUAUCAAGAUCAGGCAAGAUGUAGAAAUUCUCUAUUGCCAACAGACUUUAUGGUACCAUUAAAGGGGAACAAUCCGAUUAUUUAGAUUAACUUUUUGCCAUCAUUGGGCAAGUGCUAUUUGGAUUUUCUGCCUUAGGCCCCACUGGACUUUCUCUUCCUUCUAUGACUUGUUCUUAGAUCAGAGACAGACAGCCAUUUUAUUUUAGAGAGUUGAAAGAAGCAUCUGUGCCUGCUGUGUGUACACAUCCCACUUCUGUCUUUGAUAAACAAGUCCUGUAGCUUUUUGUAGUGUGUGAAAAACGUGUUUGCUUAGAGGCAACAGUGUGAGAUAAAAGGGAAAUCAUCUAUAUAGAAGAUGCUAGGGGUAGCUUCUUGGUUUUGCCAAUGAGUAUAGGAAACGGAACCUCCUGUUAAUUGUUAGAGUUGAAUUUCUUGUUUGAUAGAAGGAGUGUAUAUUGAGGCCUUCUUUGUGCAAAAUGAGAGAUGUAUUGAUUUUGGUAGGUAUAUUGGAGUGAAUCUGUUUUUCAUCUGCUAACAGUUUAAUCUAAAAUGGAAUUCCAUUCUGCUUCCUGGCUGAUGGUUUUUUACAGGAGCCACAAAAAGAGGGGAAAUAUCUUUCCAAGUGUGCAAGAAAAGAAUAUAUUUAUAAAAUGUCCGCACAUUUCAAGCAGUGCUUUUCAGAGGAGUAGAGGAGACCAGAAUUGAAAACAAGGGUGGAUUUUUAAAAAAGUUAUUUUUAGAAACUAGGUGAUGGUGAUGAUUAUGAUUAAUUCAGUGACUUGGAUCCAAAGGGAAGGCUUUUGUGCUUAUAGAAGGGCGAGGAGAAGCAGUUUAUGCUGACUCUCUAUCAGGAUUGGCCUUUCACAGGGUUAUGGAGACUGGGAUGGGAAAGCUUUUUCACAGGGCUUUCCCUGUGAAUGGUGAACAUCAUUCUCUGGGCUCAAAUCCUUGAUAAUGUGUCCUUGAAAAAUAAUCUGAUUUAAAAUGACUGUAAUGCAAACAAUCUGGAUUUACAUGUCUUAAAACUGAAUCAUUUAUUUAUCAUGUUUAUAAACUGCCUAACACACAAAUCUGAGGUGGUGUGCGGUGAUUUAAAAACAAUAAAAGAAAAUACAAUUCAAACAGGUUUUUAAAAAUGUUUUUAACAAAGACCUGAAAUAACAGUUAUGUCCAGUGGGUUUUUGAAGGCAGCCAGAGAUGGAGAAGCUCUUAUAUUGACAGGGAGUCCAUUCCAAAGCCGGAAGGCUUGGUCCCACAUAGCCACCCAAUGAGCUGGUCUCAGCUGUAACUGAAUCUCUUCAUAUGAUCUCAGUAAGCAGUGAAGUUAAUGACAGAGAAGGCGCUCUCUGAAAAUAUCCUGGCAAUGAAGCAACAAAAAAAUCUGGCUUUGAGGUCAAGCAUUAUAAAUUACACAAUAGGUCAUGAAUUGCAUUUAUUAUUGUGCACAUUAUGAAUAUGUGGACUGAACAAAAUAGUAUGGACACUUUUCAUGUAAUGGAGAAAUGCUGUUCUGCCCAAUAACUAUUGGUUCUUGCUCCUGUAAAGUUAGUUGGUAGUUCUUAAAGUAAAGUGAAAUUGUUUAGUGUCUUUUCAUGUGCUGUGUACACAAAGAGCCAAACAUAAAUUUACUAAUUUUGCAAGUGCUUCUCUGAGCAGAUACCCAUUUUGUAAGGUAAAAGGCAUUUGGACUGCAUAACCAGAGGAUUUAGAUUGUGUUCCUGGGUAGUGUAACAACUUUAUUUAGUUGUAAACUUGAUGUAAAGCAAUAAGGAAGUGCCUGGAAAGGCUCAUACUGAAUUCCUAAACUAUUUUCCAAGAAAGACAAGAGAAUUUUCACAGUCAUUCAGUUCUAGGAUCUUCUCAGAUAUUUUUGAAGAUAAGCACUACUUGAAACAUAUGCAUGUUGGACAUAUUAUAAAUAGGAUUCUUUCUUCUUCUUUUUUCCUCUUUUGUAGUUGUGAAGGUUUGGUUAGUCAUCAAGAAUCUCUGUGGGCUCUGGUCCAAAAAAGCUUAUGAUAAAAUGUAUUUGUUAACCUGUAAGGUGCUUUAUUCUGUUUGACAAAAUACAGCAAUGACUAGAUCCAAAAGAAUUGUGUCCAGGUGACCAGGCAAAGCAUUUGGAAUAUGGAAGAGAUGUGAUUUGUUCCUUCUUCUGGACUACUAACGUUGAUAUACAGCAAACCUUGUUACUCGCGUGGGUUCUGUUUCUCUCCUACCGCGAGUGAUACCGCAAGUAACAAGGCAUUAUGCCUAUGGGAAAAGGAGGGUUAGGUUUCAGAAUUGGACCCAAAAGGUGGAAAAACAAUGGAAAACCAAAAAUAAUUAAAACUCUUUACCGUGCCUUCCCCAGUCUGCAGAAUGCCCCCCAAACCAUAGAAAAUCACGAGAGAGAGAGAGUUUUUUUAAAAAAAGAAAUGAGUGGCUCCUCCUGACACCUUCAGACAAAAUGGCGACCAGAAGUGACCUCUGUGGUCAUUUCCGGCCCUCUAGGAACCUGUGUGGGUUUUAACCCUUUCUUAUCCACGAAUACAUGAAACUGUGGAUAUAGCAUCCGCGAGUAAUGAGGCUUGCCUAUAUAUGAUAAAGCUAGACAAUUAUUUUAUUUGUACCUAUUUCAAAUACUCUGCUCUUCAGCCAAAGGUUCUCGGCGCAGUUAACAAUACUGUAUUUACCUGAAUCCAAGACUAGGUUUUUCUAAGUUAUUUGAUGAUAGAAAUUGGGAGGUUAUCUUAAAUUCAGAGUCGUCUUUUAUUUGGGCAAAUACUGUAGUUUAAAAACAAACAAACCAUAAAAGCAGCAAAACAGCAAAAUUUAAAAAAAAACCACACAACUGUUAUGGUGUUCUAAAAUCACAAAUUGAAAAAAACAAUAUCAAAAGGUCUGCACCAAAAAGACAUUGAAGUUAGCCCAUAACAAGCCUCCCUGGAGGCAGUGCAAAGCUUAUAGGGAUGUGCAUGAACCAAAAAUUGUGGUUGGCUCAAAUUCGAACAGAAUUCAAACUGAACUGCGUGCUGCCAAACCGGUUCGUUUGACCAGACUGGUUCAGCAUCUAAUACUUGUAAAGGGGAAUCUGGUGAGGAUGGCCCUUUACAAGUACAGGGGGCGUGGGACCCCUGUGAAGGGGCGGUGAGGCAUGUGUGGAGGCUAGAGCCAUGCUGCUGCUGAGCAGGCGGCUUGGUAAAGGAGGGAGGAGCGCACCUGCUUUAGCUAUGGGCUGUUCCGGGUUUGGGGGGGAGCGGCGGUGAGGGCAGCAUGCUUAGCGGUAAGGAAGACUCUUUUACUGUCCCUCUCGCUGCCACCUGUUCAGCGCCCAACCAGGCUUGUUUUGGUCUGUGAUCAAACCUCCAAAAAGACCUGGUUCGAGGCGAACCAGCUCAUCGCCAAAUCAUUCAUGCACACAACUAAAAGCUUGUGCUCUGCUGCUGAGUUGUGGGUAAGGGAUCACAAAUUUGGCUGGGCUUGGUAGUCAAGUUGAAAUGUAUGGUUGCCAGGACCCUACCCUUCCCCUAUAGUGCAAUCCUGUGUGUGAGUCUCACUGUGAAGUAAGAGAAGUAAGUCUCACUGUGUUCAGUGGGUUUUGUUCCUGCUAAGCAUGCAUAGGAUUGCAGCCUUAGAAUCUGACCUCAUGCUGCAUCUCUACGUAAAGUCGAGGACAGUCUCCUACUCUUCUCUCUGCUCCAAGUCUGGAGCUGGAGAAGUGGGCAUGGAUAGUCCCUGCAGUUGCAUGGGCAAAGCCUGAUACAGAUGUGGGGAUUCAAACUUGGAGUUUGGAAGAGAGUAGGAGAUUCACUUUGGCACUGAGCUAACAAGGUACUUGGUGUGUCUUGGUCAUCCAGUGUUGAGAGCGAAAUGCUGAGCUGAAGGGAAAUGCUGGUGCUUUCUUUGUGCUCAGGGUACCUUGCCCACCCAACACUAAAACCACAAUCUUUCUCUCUAGCUUGCUGCUGGAGAUGUAGGUGAAGAUCUUUCCUGUAGUUGUGCUGCCUGCUCCCUGGAUCUCCAAAAGCAAGUACAACUACAGGAGAACCUUGUUAAUCGUGGGUCCAGCACCCGUGGUUUUGCGUAUCCACAGGCAGGUGAUGGACACUUGACCUCAGUAUACAUGGGAGGGGAGCAGGAAAAGGGUCAAAUCCGCAUAUCCGCGGGUUGGACAUCAUUUUGCCUUUGGGGGCCAUUUUGUGGCUCAUUGCUUUUUUAAAAAAGGUAUAAAAAGACUGUUCUUGACUGGGUUUUUUUUGUUUUUACUCUUGGGAGGCAUCUUCGGACUCCUUGAUGGCAGUGGAGCAUGGUAGGGCACUUUGGCCCAUUUUGUCAGUUUCAGGGGAGAUUUGCAGUGGUGCAAGAACCUAACCCCCCCAAUUUACAUUCACUUUAAUGCAUUGUUAUCUGUGGAUUCGCUAUCUGCACACUCCCGCCCCCCACCCCCCGGAACGGAACCCUUCCAAAUAACAGGGUUUUCCUGUACAGAGGUAAUUCUGCUCCCUCCCCUGCUUCUCACUGGAAAAAGAGGUGUGGACUCUUCUCAACACCUUUGCAUUUGGGGAGGGCCACAGGCCCUCUGGAAACAGGAAUGAUCCCAUCAGGAAAGAUGUCCCUAAUAAUAACUGAAACAAAGCACUAAUGCUUGACUCUGCUUAACAUUAAAGAAGUUGGAAAGAAGACAGGAAGUGUUUAUGGAGCUUCGUUUGGUAUAGUUAUGGUGGGAAAGUGGGAGGAGCCCACAUUGGAUACUUUGUGGCUAAAGCAAUUCCUUUUAAAAGUGAAGUACACUACUGUAUUAUUUUUUGCUAAGUAUCGUGGAUUAUACUUGUAGCAAAAGCCAGCUCUUCCCACAGGUCAACCAUUUGUACAGAGAUAAUUGAACGGUCCACUGGAGUUUUUCAGCUCUCCAAAAACACAACGGCUCUCUGUUAGGGUAUUCAAGCAUUUUUCUCUGAAGUGUUCCCCACCCCAGUCUUCCUCUGCUUUAUGGUGUGCCAUUUGUGUUGUCUUUAAUCUCUUGGGUGUUGUUCGCUCUGUAGUAUGUUAUGCCCUGUGUUCCCUUUGGGAUGAGACAGCUGUGUCUCCAAGACCAUUGUGUGUUUUGAUUGUAAUGGAAACUAGGAUUUAAGGAUGAAAGUUGGGACUUGGCUGACUUGGAGGUUGAACUGGCUAUAGUGAUAAGGAGGUGUUGAGAGUUAGGUAUGCAAAACAAAGAAUCUUUAUGCCAAAUAAGCAAAUGUACUUGCAUUCAGUAAAUGGUUUUUUAAAAAAAAAAUAGACUAAGCUUGUGCCAAGGUAGCCCAAACUCUGUGCCAGGUAAAGCUGCAGUUGUUUGGCAACUUACAUCUACAAUUGCUUAGUAUUAAUAAUGUAUACAUUUGCUUAUAUGGUGGUUUAUGCUGAUAUAAGGAGCAAAGAACUAGAGAGCCCUUGUGGUAUAGCAGACAGAUAGUUGAGCUCAAUCUGGGGAGACCAAGGUUCAAAUCCCCACUUGGCUCUGAAGCUCACUGGGUGACGUUGGACCAGGUACAUUCUCUCCCAGAAAUAUAACUUACUUCACAGAGUUGUUUUGUGGGUGAAAUGGGGAGGAGCCCAUGAAUCUACUCGAAGGAAGGGUGUGAUAACAAUGUAGUGAAGUUGUUAAUAUUUAGGGCACUGAAACCUCUUGAGUACUGAUUCUGCUCAGACUCCUUGGUUCCUGAGACUUUGCCAGACAGUUCCCAACGACAAGACUAUGUACACGUAUCAGAAACUUGCUUUUAUUAUGUAUUUAAUGAAUGCUUUGAGUCUCAAGAUGCUAAAUGUGAUGCCCAAUGCCAAAUUCUCCCACCUUGUGUGAUGAAAUUGCAGAAUUGUGAAAGGUGCACACAGCCCUGUGCCUGAAAUACUGAUUUUUCUAUUUUUGUGCUCUAUACAGAAUGAGCUAAACUGUAAAAAGAGGUAGAAUAGGAGAGGAGAGGUGUCAAGAGGCAGACAUGAUAGAAGUGCUGCCCACUUAGUGUGCCUAUUGUUACUUUGGGUGGUCUGUUAUAGCCCCACUGACUCUGGCAGCAUGUCGGUCAGUGUUCCCUCUAACAGGGGUUCUCAGAUGUUGUUGACUACAGUUCCCAGAAUCCCCAGCUGCAAUGGCUUUUGCUUGGGGAUUAUGGGAGUUGUAGUUAACAACAUCUGGGAAUCCUUGUUAGAGGGAACACUGGAGUUGGUGGAAAUGGUUUUAUCAUGUGUAUCGUAAGAACAUGUUGUCUUACGCUCGGUGGAAAUGCAUAUAGUGUAGGCAUCUAAUCACACCCACAUUGCAUGAUUGUGACAUCAAGCACUGGUGCAGCUGUAUUGGAUACCACAAUGUUGUGGUUUUUCUUGGGCUUCCCAGUUAAGAGCUGCUUUGCUGUAUCAGGCUGUGGUCCAUCUAAUCCUGCAUUUAUUUGCUAGUACUGGGCAGCUAGUUGCCCCCCGGAAGCUCAUAGAUAGUACUGUGUAGCACUUCCUAAUAUCUUUUGUCCAACAUCUGGCACUUGGAAGCAUAUUGGUGGGUCCAUUUUAUUUGGCUGUUGAUGGACCUAUCCUCCAUGAAUUUGUCUAAUCCAGGGGUUUUCAAACUUGGGUCCCCAAACAUGAUGUUGGACUUCAAGCUAUACCUUGCCUAGUAUCUUAAGAACGAGUAAAAGCUUCUAUUUGAGGGUCACAAACUUUACUCUAGGGCCUAUCCCUUAUCCUGGGACAUCACAGCUCCAUAAAACACAACAGACUUUUAAAAGCUGCUCAAAGGUUGACAACUCCUCCCAGUAUUCCCUUCCCUUUUGAAAAUGUUGGUCUAACUGCAUGCCUCCUUGAGGCUUUUCCCUAGUAUUCCUGCUCUCUACCGCCCUUUCUUAUCAAAGCACCCAAGGCUGUAAACUGCCUUCCGUUGUUAGCAUCUGGCAUGGAAAUAUGAGCUUUUGUUUAUAUUUCAAUAAAGUUGAGUUUUUUAAAAAAAA